GUCAAACAAUGUUUAUAUAGAGAAGAGUUCGCUUGACUCGAUCGUACAGUUUAUUAAAUAGUUUUUCGUUCGUUUUUGGAUUUUCACUUUAUUAGACAGUAUGGCAAAGCCAGUGAAUUUCAUGGACAUGCCCUCCGAGAUGCCGCAGCCAAAGCGCAUUCAGCUUGAGGGCGAAAAGGUAACGGUGGCCGAGGCCAUUAACUUCCUGAAGACGCAAUGCGACACGCGCAAGGAGCACAUUCCGGAGGAUCCCCUUCAGGAGGGACCCACCGUGGCGGACGAGCUCAAUGCCCGUCUGGCAAUGGUCCAUGUGCGGGAGUCUCGUGCCAAGCGCAUCCGUCGCCUGGUCAAGUACUCCGCCAACGAGACGCAGACAUUGUACAGGUUCAUAUGCGUCUGUCCCCGCUACCAUCCUUGCUAUGUGCCCUGCCAGCACACGGGCCAGAUCAUUAUCGACCGGGACGUGCUGUCUCGGGAUGAGCAUAUCUGUUUUUUGGCUACGCCCAAGAAAGACUUCUCUUCACCUCAGUUGGCCAAGCAGGCGCGCUUUUAUACCAAGAAGAUAUUCGUUAACCAAUGUACAGCCCGUGUAGAGCGCCUGGCCGAUCCGCAUCCGAUGCGAGUCAGUGACACCUUCAAUUUUUUCAAGGAGUACCUCUCGCCUCGCCACAUAGCCGCUCUAGAGAACCAUAUGAAACCGAAGCCGCCCGUUGAAGCCAUGACCAUGGAGAAGGCUCUGGAGUACAUGGAGGAGGAGAUGCGCCAGCGUAGGGCGGCAAAGCGCGUCCACAAGCGACGCUGCAAGGGUCUCAAGAAGCGCAUUCUUAUGCGCCAGCGCAAGCAGAUGCAAAAAAUCAUUUGCGUCCUCUUCGAGGAAAUGAAGGACUUUCUCCUCAACGAUCAAUUUAUUGUGGACGAGAACUCUCCACUCUGUUGUGUAAUUCUUGAACGACUUCGAGAGUUUACUGAUCAAGAGUUCUACACGACCAGUAAUUUACGCGAGUAUCAGCGGAUAUUGGCCAACAAUUUGACUGUUUGGAUCAACAAGUUCAUAUCCAACUUGAACAUCUAUUUGGCGCCCCAGCAAAUACCCGUUCAACGGCAAAGGAUGGCAGAGACCGAUCCAGAGCAGUUUGUGCCCUUGUCAGAUUUCAUUUCUCUAACCGAUGAACCAGGGGCAGAAGAAAUGAUGGAGGAUGUCGAGCAAGGUGGCGCCGAAUACGACGAUUAUGGAUAUGGGGAGGACUACUUGCCCGACGUUCUUAAUAAUGACGACAUGUCGGAGGAAACAUUGAUUGCUUAAUUAUGGUAAAGCUUACCCUUCAGCUGAGUCCAAGUGAGCUCCUUGUAGACUCCAUUGCUGUGCACCUUGGCCCCGUGAUUUUUAAGUAUGUCCACUGGCAUUGCUCGGAAGAGGAAAUGUAAAAAAUUCUGUAAAGUACGGAAGAAAAUUUGUAGUGAAAUCACCAAUAGUAAAUUUUUUGUAUUGAUUUCCAACCUC